AUGCAGCGCAGUUUAAUUCCAGGACACAACAACAACCGUCAUCUUACAGUCGAAGAACUCGAGAACAACAUUGAAGGACUGCCAAUUACGGACAACAAGCUUCAAGAACUCUUUGAUUCUCUUGACACGGAACAUAAUGGAUACCUCCCCAUUGAGGAAGUCAAGCAGUUUUACAAGUCUUUGGAGCACUAUGGACUGGAUCCCACUGAUGCAGAGGUAGUCAAUGAGAUCAAGAAGUAUGCAAAGAGUGAUGAUAACUUUAUGACUUAUGAUGAGUUCUGCUGUCUUAUGUUGAACUAUGCUCAGCAAUAA